AUGCUUCUGCUUCUGUUAUCAGGAUUUAUCAGCUUCGGCUUGAGUGUCCCUCGUCAUUAUGUCUUUGUGAAUGAAUCCAAGACUUGGGCAGAAGCUCAGAGAUACUGUAGAGAUAAAUACUCUGAUCUGGCCACUAUUGAAAAUGAUCAAGAGACGAUCCAGUUAAUGGACACAGUGAAUGAUGAUUCCAUUGAUUUGGCCUGGAUUGGACUCUAUGAUGAUCUGAACAGCUGGAAAUGGACUCUAGAGGACAGUGAUUACAGGAACUUCAGUAAUCAACCAGACAACAGUGGUGGGAAUGAACUGUGUGUUUACAUGGAUUAUGAUGGCAAAUGGUAUGAUAUGUCAUGUGACAACAUGCUGCCAUUCAUUUGCUAUGAUGGCAAAGAAAAUGCCACACAGAGUUACAUCAGAAUCAGUGAUGAGAAAACCUGGUCAGAGGCUCGUAGAUACUGCAGAGAGCAUUACACAGAUCUCGCCAAUGUGAGAAAUCAGACUGAGAACCAGAUGAUCCUUGAGAGAACAGGUGGAGGAGGCUGGAUCGGCCUGUACAGAAACAGGGUUUGGUCUGACAAACAAAUGACCAGUUAUGAAAACUGGAAACCAGGCAUUCCUUAUUCACCAGCGCAGCCAGAUAAUGAUUAUGGGGAGUGGGGUUCACCUCACUGUACUGCUGUUUCAUUCAAAGAUUCUGGCCGAUGGACCGAUGAGAACUGCUUUUCCAGCAUCCAUUUCUUCUGCUACAACAGAACCUGCACACAAUCUUCAUGCACCCGUCACUAUCACUUUGUAUCGGAGAAUAAGACCUGGUUUGAAGCUCAGAGAUUCUGCAGACAGAAUUACACUGAUCUGGCCACCAUUGAUAACAUGGAGGAAAUGAACAGGCUGAUCAACACAGUUAAUGGGAGUUACAAUGGUUCUGCCUGGAUUGGACUGUAUGGUGAUAUAAACAGCUAUAGAUGGUCACUGGAUAAUGCAGCGUUAGGAGAUCAUAAAAGGUGGCGUGGCCGACAUCCAAGGAACAUAGGUGGACAGAGUCUGUGUGUGAAUAUGAACACACACAAUGGUUUAUGGAGUGAAACUCCAUGCUCCAACUUGUCUCCUUUUGUUUGUUAUGAUGGAAGAGAAAAUGUCAGUACAAAUUAUGUGUAUGUUAACCAAUUAAAAACCUGGACUGAAGCUCAGAGUUACUGCAGAGAGCAUCACACAGACCUCAUCAGUAUCAGGAAUGAGAAUGAAAACCAUGAGUUCCAGCAUUUGUUCAGGAAUGACUUUUAUUCCUCUUUUUGGAUUGGACUGUACAGAACGAGAUCUUGGUCAGAUCAGAGCAACUCUUCAUUCAGUAACUGGGGGAUUGGACAGCCAGAUAAUGCUGCAAACAGUGAAUUCUGCACUACAGUGUCAUUCAGUGACUCUGGGAGCUGGACAGAUGAAAACUGUGAUACUGCAUUUCCUUUCAUUUGCUACAGUGUGUCAUCUUUGACAUCAUCCCGUCAGUAUCACUUUGUGUCUGAGAAUAAGACCUGGACUGAAGCUCAGACAUACUGCAGACAGAAUUACACUGAUCUGGCCACCAUUGAUAACAUGGAGGAAAUGAACAGUCUGAUCAACACAGUUAAUGGGAGUUACAAUGGUUUAGCCUGGAUUGGACUGUAUGAUGAUUUAAACAACAACAGGAGAUGGUCAUUGGAAGACAAUGAUUUUUAUCAGGAAGGAGAGAGAGAUUUCAGGAAUUGGUAUCAUGAACUGAACAACUAUGGUGGAAAAGAAAUGUGUGUUUUCAUGUAUUGGGAUAUCUGGUUUAAAGAACCAUGUGACCUUCGUGUGGCAUUUGUUUGCUAUGAUGGUAGAGAAAACGCCUCUCAGAAGUAUAUCUGGGAAGGUACUGGAAGGACCUGGACUGAAGCUCAGAAAUACUGCAGAGAGAAAUACACUGACCUGGCCAGUAUGAGAGAUGAGACAGAAAGUAGACAGGUACUGAGUGUCUCACUUGGAAAUGUUGUAUGGAUUGGUCUGCACAGAAACAGACUGUGGUCAGAUCAGAGCAACUCUUCUUUCACAUAUUGGAGACAAAUGGUCAGCUUUGAAGCUGCUCAGCCAGAUAAUGGUUUUUACACACCAGGACAGAAUGGUACUCAACACUGCACAGCUGUGUCUUUACAACAUUUUGGCCAGUGGACAGAUGAACAAUGCUUCAACAGUUUGCCUUUCUUCUGCUAUAGUGGUUAUACGAUGGGGUUGAGAGUGGAAUUCACAAGUGUGGAAAGUUUGUCAAAGUCUCAGAUUGAAGACUUGGUGAUUAUAAAACUCCAAGAAGAAUUUAUAAGACAGGGACUUCCCAGCAACUUCACCAUGCAUUUGAGGAAGGAAAAAAAAAUUGUUCCAUGAGAGACGAGGACAGCGUUGUACAACAAAGAAAAUUGUUUUAGGUUUCAUGUUUUGAACUUCUGUUCUGCAAUGCUAAAAAGGUAUAUCUCAACUCCUGAUUUGACCAAUUCUAUCAUUUAAAAUAUAGAAUACGGAUCUUAAUUGUAAACAAUCCAGUUUAUUUUCUUUUUAGUGAUGUUUUUGCCUCUUUUCUUUUUUUCAAAACUCUCUUGCCAUUAUGUGCUUUAUUUGCGUAAGCAUUUGCAAUGAUUUGUUGUAUACAAUUUAAUAAACUUCAAAAAAAUGUGUGCAGCAUGUAUACUGUAUGCAGUCAUUCUGUAUAAAUUCCUGCAGAUCUACUGCAUUUGUCAAAAUUUGCAGUAUUAAA